AUGAAGACGAUCGCGAGAGCACCUCAGUUCGCCAGAAAUGGCAUCUUCCAGGCCAGAGCGAGCUUCAGAUGCUGGAGCGGAGUUAACUACGGCGCUCAAUUGAGCCGACAUUGCCGCCAGAUUCACGGAACUCCGAGUGUGGGAUACCGGCAGCCAUUGAUUGCCAGCAGCACAUUUGGGAAUCCAUCAGGCUUGAGAUAUGCCUCCAGCUCUUCUGCCGGUGAAUCUGAUAUCAAGAAGACGCAGUUCUAUGACUUCCAUAUCGAGCACAAGGGCAAGAUGGUCCCGUUCGCGGGGUACUCCAUGCCGUUGCAAUACGCUGACAUGAGCCAUGUUGAGAGCCACAAAUGGACACGAGAAAAGGCCAGUUUGUUUGACGUGAGCCAUAUGGUACAACACCACAUUAUCGGCCCUGGCGCACGAGACUUAUUGAUGAAGAUUACCCCUGCCUCGCUCGAUUCGCUAAAGGAUAAUCAUUCUACCCUAUCUUGCCUUCUAGAUGAAAGCAGUGGUGGAAUUAUUGAUGAUACUGUGGUCACACGCCUUGGACCAGAGUCUUUUUAUUUCGUCACAAACGCCGGCCGUCGCAAGGAAGACCUCGAGUUCCUAACAAAGGAAAUUGAAGCAUUCAGGAACUCCCAAGAUCCCUCCAAGCGCGACUCGAUCAUCAACUGGACUAUACUUGAUAAUAGGGCUCUAAUUGCCCUCCAGGGUCCUGCAAGUGCAAAUACACUUCAGCCACUUAUCAAGAAGGAAACGUCUGCUGACGCUGAUCUUUCAACCCUUCACUUUGGCCAAUGCCGUCAGCUCCACUUGAAUUUCCCAGAUGGAUCAAGCACCCCGUCACGCCUCCUGAUCUCCAGAACAGGAUACACUGGAGAAGACGGAUUCGAAAUCUCCAUUCCUACUGAUACGGAUGCCAACUUACCUCGCCGUGUUGCCGAACUUCUCAUCUCCAGCCCAGAUGUCAAGCUCGCCGGACUAGCCGCUCGUGAUUCCCUCCGCUUGGAAGCCGGUAUGUGCUUAUACGGCCAUGAUAUAUCUCUUUCCGAGACCCCACCAGUUGCUGGCCUUGGCUGGGUUGUUGGCAAAGACCGGCGGGACCCAUCAUCUCCCUUAUCCAAGUUCAAUGGAGCAUCCACCAUUCUCCCGCAACUUGCAUCCCCAGCCAAGACGCUGACUCGACGACGAGUCGGUUUUACAGUUGAAGGCGGUGCACCUGCCCGUGAGGGUGCUGUUAUCGUGGACCUUGCAGACGGUAAAACUGAAGUCGGUGUGGUUACUUCUGGUCUCCCCAGCCCGACUCUAGGUGGUACAAACAUUGCUAUGGGAUAUAUUAAACAGGGCCUUCAUAAGAAAGGUACAGAGGUUGGAAUACUUGUUCGCAAGAAGCUCCGCAAAGCUACUGUUACUCCCAUGCCGUGGAUCGAAUCCAAGUUCUACAGGGGUUAA